AUGGCUCGGGAGCUCAAGGUCCUCGGCGCGCUCGACGCCGCCAAGACACAGUGGUACCACUUCACGGCGAUCGUGAUCGCCGGCAUGGGCUUCUUCACCGACGCCUACGACCUCUUCUCCAUCUCCCUCGUCACCAAGCUCCUGGGCCGCAUCUACUACUUCGACCCGAGCUCCGCCACGCCGGGUUCCCUCCCACCCAACGUCUCUGCCGCCGUCAACGGCGUAGCCUUCUGUGGCACCCUCACUGGCCAGCUCUUCUUCGGCUGGCUCGGCGACAAGAUGGGACGGAAGAAGGUCUACGGCAUGACGCUCAUGAUCAUGGUGCUCUGCUGCGUCGCCUCUGGCCUGUCGUUCGGGUCGAGCGCCAACGGCGUCAUGGCCACGCUCUGCUUCUUUCGCUUCUGGCUCGGCUUCGGCAUCGGCGGCGACUACCCGCUCUCGGCGACCAUCAUGUCCGAGUACGCCAACAAGCGCACCCGCGGCGCGUUCAUCGCCGCCGUCUUCGCCAUGCAAGGGUUCGGCAACCUUACAGGCGGCAUCGUCGCCAUUAUCGUUUCUUCGGCGUUCAAGGAGCAGUUUGACGCGCCGGCAUACAAGGACGAUCGUACGGGCUCAACGGUGCCACAAGCCGACUAUGCGUGGCGCAUCGUCCUGAUGUUCGGCGCCGUCCCGGCGCUGCUGACCUACUACUGGCGCAUGAAGAUGCCGGAGACGGCGCGGUACACGGCGCUCGUCGCGAAGAACACCAAGCAGGCCACGUCGGACAUGGCGCGGGUGCUCAACAUGGAGCUCGCUGCCGAAGAGCCGGAGCAGGCAGAGCACGGCCGGCGCGAGCAGUUCGGUCUCUUCUCCAGGGAGUUCGCGAGGCGUCACGGCCGGCACCUGCUGGGCACGACGGUGUGCUGGUUCGUGCUGGACAUCGCCUUCUACUCGCAGAACCUGUUCCAGAAGGACAUCUACACGGCGGUGGAGUGGCUGCCGAGGGCGGACAGCAUGAACGCGCUGCAGGAGAUGUUCAAGAUCUCGCGCGCGCAGACACUGGUGGCGCUGUGCGGCACCAUCCCGGGGUACUGGUUCACCGUGUUCCUCAUCGACGUGGUGGGCCGCUUCGCCAUCCAGCUGGGCGGCUUCUUCUUCAUGACGGCGUUCAUGCUCGGCCUCGCCGUGCCAUACCACCACUGGACGACGCCAGGGAACCACGUCGGCUUCGUUGUCAUGUUCUCCUUCACCUUCUUCUUCGCCAACUUCGGGCCCAACUCCACCACCUUCAUCGUGCCGGCCGAGAUCUUCCCGGCGCGGCUGCGGUCGACGUGCCACGGGAUCUCCGCAGCAGCCGGGAAGGCGGGCGCCAUCGUCGGGUCCUUUGGGUUUCUGUACGCCGCGCAGAGCACGGAUCCUGCCAGGACGGACGCCGGGUACCCGCCGGGAAUCGGCGUCCGCAACUCCCUGUUCGUGCUCGCCGGAUGCAACGUGGUCGGGUUCCUUUUCACAUUCCUCGUGCCGGAGUCCAAGGGGAAAUCGCUGGAGGAGCUCUCUGGGGAGCACGAUGAGGAGGAUGAGCCAGGGACGUCCAACAACAACAGCAACCACAAGAGAACAUCUCGAAUUCAAUGA